UAAAGGCCACUUUCAGUGCUUGUUCAACUCGGGUAAACACAAUUUGAGCAUAACUCGUAUAAACGGAGCAUAUCUUGACUAUAACAUAAACCCGAAAUUAACCCUAACUCAUGCAUGACCUAACAUUACAUUCCAUGAUCAGCGGAAGACAGACGUAGUUGGACAAUCAUCAUUUCAUCGCUGGGUGACAUCAUCAAUGAGGUCACUAUUCAGACACGACACUGGAUGAAAUUUUUUUUUGUAUAAAUGCACAAGCGAUAGGAUUGUUCCAUUUUUGCCAAGAGGAGUAGUUUUGAAUCCUCCUUUCAAACAAUUGUAAUUCUGCUGAUGUCCAAGGCAUGCACGAGUUCACAUACGAGUACUGCCCUCAGAAUAAUUCUACACACAUUUCCUUGGUGCGGGUGACGAUUAAGGUUUGUUUCCCAUGUGGUGAUUAGCACACUUGAGCCCACUCUCGGGCAGUAAGAGCACUCCUGGGCCGCCACUCAAGAGGGCGACCGCCAUUGUCGAAUGGCUUCCGGCUUGCUUUUUGUGUAUCCUCGAUGCGCUGCCACUUUUUGUUCUUAUGCCUUCAGCGCCUUCUCCAGAUGUGCUUCAAUCAAAAGGAAAUGAGCGGAAUCCAUACUAAGCGGCCGGCGAUCAUGAACGCGACCGGUACAGAAAUCCGGACGGCAGUGUGCGUCAAGAUUGGUGACAGCAUCAUUAGCGACCUCCUGAUGAGCGUCUACAUCCUGGCCUUUAUCUUCGGCUUGAUCUUCAACAUCCUCACCCUGGGCCCCAUUUUGCAACAAGUGCGCAGGCAAAACGUCCUGGGCAUCUUCUUGCUCAGCCUGUUGCUCUCCGACAUCCUUUUCAUCUUUACCAUGCCCCUCUGGAUCAACUACUACCGCCAGGACCAUCACUGGCAACUGGGCGUCAUGUCGUGCAGCGUGGCCGGCUUCUUCUACUACUCCAACAUGUACAUCAGCAUCUACCUGCUGUGCUGCAUCUCGGUGGACCGCUGCCUGGUGGUCACGUACCCCUUGCGCUCCAAAACCCACCGGACGUCGUGCUACGCCUGGGCGCAGUGCGUCAGCAUCUACGCGGUGGUCACAGUGCUGCACGUCAUGGUGCUGUUCAACGACAACCUCCAAGACGCCCACGACGGCCGAGACGACCGCUGUUACGAGACCUACCCCAUGGAGAAACCCGUGGCCCUGUUCAACCUGCUCCGGGUGGGCGUCGGCUUCUUGCUCCCCCUGCUGGUGCUGGCCGUCAGCUACUGGAGGGUGCUGGCGACGGUGGGCCAGAGUCCGGGCCUGAGCGCCCAGGUCAAGCGAAAGGUGCGCCUGCUGUCUUUCGGGGUGAUCGGGAUCUUCUCCGUUUGCUUCGCGCCGUACCACAUCCUGCUGCUCACGCGCUCGCUCAUCUUCUACACGCGGCCGCUCGAGAGCUACUGCGAGUUUGAGCAGUGGGUGCACUUCGCCUUCUCGUGUACGCUCGCCUUGUCCAGCCUGAACUGCGUGGUGGACCCCGUGCUCUACGUGCUGGUCAGCAAUGGAAUUCGGGAGGAUGUGAAAGUGUGCUGCAAAAGGAACAAAACCACGCAGACGAACGAGCGCGCACCUUCCAGACACAACACGGCAAAGUUGAAUAAUCAGAUAAUAUGAACGUCCUCUUUGAUAUUCUUCUCACUCGGUUCUCCAGUAUGAGACAAUCAGAUCCGUUGAGAGUGACGCAUUGCCAUAUUUGUGCAACCCCCUC